CGACGGUGGCAAGCAUGGUCCCCCUCACCCUCCUCAAGAUUCCAUGCGAUUGUGAUGCCUUCUGCCUCUCGUGUCUGCUCCCGUUCUGCUGCUCUCCGCCUUGCUGCUGCGUUUCUCGGCUCUGACACCUUCACGCUUGCAAUUCCACAGCUCUCGAUCAGAGGUGUAUUCAAUAGAGAGAGGCGGUGAGAGAGAUUCCAGUUUGGAAAGAAGCGCAAGCUUUAGGGGGAGAGUUUCGAAAGGACGAACCGUGAGGAUGGCUGCAAUGUUUUGCAGAAACAUGAGAGGAUUGUUCUAUCUGGUCUCCGAAGGCUCCAAUGGCCUUGCGGCCAGGUCCAUUGUACAUAAUAAUUUCUCUAAUGUUGGAAGGAAGGAUGAUUUCCUAAAUGGUCUUGACCUUGUCGAAUUGAGCGACAUGUCACGUGUUGGCUUUGUUAGGUUAAUGAGAAACUCAAGUUUCGUUGACGAGCAUGCAAAGAAGAAAACUGAGGAUACUGAAGAGCAUCCAGAGGACGCUAUCGAGAGAGCAAGCCACGAGCUUUUCAAGCAGUCUAAUGUAAUUGAACAUCACGAGGAAUCUCCCACAGAGGAGCCGUCGGCAUAUACAGUCAAAGACCACAUUGCAGAGAAUCCUGGCGCUGAUGUUGCAAAUGAGGUGUGGAGCGCGAAGGAACAAGAUGGCACCAGCGUCUUCACCGAUCACUCCGAUAAAGAGUCGGCCGAAUUAUAGAGGAUUUACUUGAAUCUAAAUUUAAAGGUACAAGCAGCCGUAUCAUCUUAGAAGUAUUAAUUGUGAAGAUAGGCAGGAGUUCGGCAAGGUAAUGCAGUAUAAACAUAGUCGAUGCUACACAUGCGACUUUUGUAAAGAUUCUGAGACCUACUUGGAAGAUGCUUGCAUUCUGAGGGGGUAAUGGAUUGUUUUUGAGUACCAAGUGGUUACACACUCGGUUGUAAGCAGUUCAAAGAUGGUUCUGUUGAGUUGACAUCGAAAAUCAUGUUUCAUUUUUAUUUGUAAGGAUAGCUCUUUUGGAAGAAAGAAAUAGAAGGUUUACCUGAGCCUAGAGUAUUUUCAAGAACUUGGAAGAAGCUGGGCAUUCUGACAUCAUACGAUGUAAAUUACUACAUGCGGAAGAAGAACCAUACCUUUGUAGAAGUAGACAUAUGAUGAUGUGAAGGAAGCUCUUGGGGUUAAGGUAUGCGCUUGAUGUAGUCAUAGUAAACUGAGCUAUACGCUCGUGUAGUUCGCUUCUGUAUUCAACAGAACGACUUUGCAGAUUCUCUGAAGGCAUCAGGUUUUGGGAUGUCAACAAUAUUAACCUCUGUUGUACUGAAAUACACGUGUGUUUUCAUAACCAA